AGCUAACUAACUGCUCAUAAUCUGCCAUUUUUCCAGAGCAGAAAAAUCAAUAUGGCUUCUCUAGUAUUUCAUGGAAAAGCAGGUGUUCUAGUUGUGGUUAUAAUGUCCAUAUUGGGCGUUGGUACUCUGGGUAACAAGCAGGAUACCAACUGGAAUUACGGUUGGCACAGACACCCCAAUGGAAGCCAACCAAGGAGGGUGGAAGUCGGUGGUUCUGAACACUGGCACUUCGGGUUUAACUACACCGACUGGGCUCUCAAAAACGGUCCCUUCUAUCUUGGUGACACCCUAGUGUUCAAGUAUAACUCUACCCCAUUUCCCCAUAGCGUGUAUCUAUUGCCAAGCUACCGGAGCUUCUUGACAUGCGACCUGCGGUGGGCAUGGAAGAUAGCAGAUGUGAACCAAGGCGGCGGGGAAGGAUUUGAGUUCGUGCUGAGGUGGUGGCAGCCUUACUAUUUUGCCUGCGGCGAACGGGGCGGCUUUCACUGCAGCAAUGGGACUAUGAAAUUUCCCGUCAUGCCACUCAUACAUUGGAACUGAAAUUAUUCAGUACAUGACGGCUCCGUUUUGGGAAAGGGCAAAAAAAAAAAACGAAUAUUAGUGUGAUUUUAUUUUCAAAAUUAAAAUGUUCCAAUUGAUCAAUUCCAGCAAAUAACGAGAGUUUUUCUUCUUUCUUUUUUUUGUGUGGGUUUAUACAUUUAUGAUGAUGUUUUCUUCUGUAAGCCGAUCGGCUAUUGCCACAA